UCACACCUUGUCGACAUGACAAAUAAGAAGCUUAACACAAUAAUCAUUGAAAUUAUUCUUCUUUCUCUUAAAUUAAAAGUUAAAACCACUCGAGGGAAACCAACUGGACUACCAUUUUUCUCAAUCUCUAAAGCCACAUCGUCGGAAAUUUCCCAUAAUCUCGCCGGAAGAAUGAGACGGCCGGCGACUAUGAACGUCGACGCGAUGACUCGGAAAGUCGCCGUCGAUAAUCGAAUUCCUCUCCGCAAUUACUAUCGAAUCGCCAAUAAUCUCCUCCGACAGGCCAAUAUUCACCGUGGGGAGAAGAAUAUCAUAGACUUGUAUAUAAUACUAAUGAGAUAUUCAAGUUUGGUUACUGAAACAAUACCCGACCAUCGAGACUACCAAGCUUUGCAUCCAGAAGAAAGAGCAUUAUCGAAAAGGAUGCUCUCAACAGUGCUAGAUGAACUAGAGGGUUUAAAACCGGAAUUCCAGCGCCAGCGGAAAAGAAUGGAUAAAGCUCAAGCAGCAGCUCAGACUUCCCAACUUAAUAAUCAGGAGAACCCUCCCUACAGAUCAGUUGGAAAUUCUUUAGUACGGCCCUAUACCAACAAUAAAGCAUCUUCUGAUUAUGACAAUAAAUGGGCCAUCAGCAAUGCACCUUCAUCUUUGUGGAAGCAGAAUAAAGAUUACUCUGGUGUUUCAUCCUCGAGUUUGAUCGAUAUGCAGUUCCAGAAGCUAUCUCUCAAUUUUCCUGUUCCAAAGCAAGAAACACUGUCAAGGCACUCGCUUUUAGGCCCAAAUGGUCUUCAUGGUCAAUGGUCCGGACCUAGUUCCAAGAUAAAGGUGAAUUACCCAGCAUAUGCCGAUUUAAGUUCAAAUGAGCUUUUGAGCCUCAAUCAGGUUGCUGAUGAUGGCUCAUUCAUGUCUAAUGACACUGGCUUGAAGGUGGAUAAGUCUCCUAUGGAAUCGGUUCUUUCUUUGGAUGAUGGACGGUGGUUACACCCUUCUGAGGAUUCUUGUUCUCCAUUUUUUGAUGAUAUGCGGAGUGAUCAUAUUCCUUUAAGUAACUUAAGGCAGCCUUCGCCGCCUCCCGUUCUGGCGCAAAUACAACAAGAAUUUCAUCCCAUAUCUCCAUCCAAAGUUGCAGAUCCAAGACCUGGACCAGCUAAGUCCUUUCAGGAUGGACCACCUGGUUCAAACUCUUAUCAACAUUUGCAUGUUCCAGUGAGACUGAUGGAAGAUUUCUUAAGAUUAGCUCGAGAAAAUACAGCAAAGAAUUUAGAAACUUGUGCUGUUCUUGCAGGUUCACUGAGGAACCGUGUUUUUCACAUCACUACUCUUAUUGUCCCAAAGCAGGAGUCAACUUCAGAUUCUUGUUCAACAUUGAAUGAAGAAGAAAUUUUUGAGGUUCAGGACAAGCUCUCUCUCUUUCCUCUUGGUUGGAUACAUGUCAUUUCAUGUGAUAUUAAAAAUACGAUAAUAAAUAAUCCAGUUUGCAUAGUUUUGGCCUUCCAUUUUGGUAUAUACUCUUGGUUUUUGGGUUAGACUCAGAUUCUUUCACAUUGUCCCACAGAGCUUUCUUAUUUUACUUUCUCAAAUGUAGAUCAUUAGAUACUCUCUCGUUCUCUUCCCCUUCCAUAUUCUAAGCGGUACCUCAAGCAAAUUUGUUUCUUGAACUCGUAACUCUGCAUUAAAUUUCAUGUGUGAAACACACAAGGGUGUGACCAACCGGUCAAUGAAGUGGGUAAAAGAUAUGGGAGACUAGGGUUUAACUCCUAAGUCCUAACAGAGAAAAAAAAAUGUUUAAGUGAUUAUUUCCCAUUUGCCUCAGUUUUGGUGGGCAGUGUUAUCAUGUACUUGUGUUGGUGGGAAGUAACAUGUAUACGGUGAAAUCGUUGAGGUGCAUGCGAGCUGGCUUGGAUAUUGCCGUUAUUUGAAAAAAUUCACAUGUGAACCUUAAACUCGAGUUACACAUGUUCGGAGGUAUGAGCUAGAUAGUGCCUCGCAUUAGGUAUAUAAAGCAUCUAAAGGGGUUUAUAAAGGUUUUGAACACUCUACCUGUAGCCUUGAGGUUUUGGAUUGGGUUUUCAGCUUCUUUCAUACUCUUAGGGGCUGUUUGGUUUGGAUUGUACUAGAUAUAAUCUUUACAUAAAUGUCAACAUAAGUUUGGUUGCUCCUUUUUGUUUUCCCCAUGAAUAAUACUUGCAUAACAUAAGUUUUGUGGGAAUCUAGGUAUUACUUUGUGUUCUUGAGCCGAGGGUUUAUCAGAAA